ACCUUGCUGGAUGCCGGUUAUGACCCCAACUACAUGCUCGAAUCCUGGGUUCGCCGUAGCUAUGACGAUGAGAGGAGGUCAGCGCUGUUCUUUGCCGUUUUAAAUAACGAUGUGCCGUCAGCUAAAAUGCUGCUGGAGGCCGGGGCCAUGCCAAACCAAGACCCCAUCAAGUGUCUGCAGGUUGCACUGCGUGUGGGCAACUACGAGUUGAUUAACCUGUUGCUGAGGUAUGGAGCCAACGUCAACUAUUUCUGCAAAGUAAACACAACACACUUCCCCUCAGCCCUGCAGUACGCCCUCAAAGACGAGGUGAUGCUCAGGAUGCUGUGUAACUAUGGUUAUGAUGCAGGGCGCUGCUUUGACUGUCCCUAUGGCAACGGCUCCCACAUCCCUGAGGACUACGAGGGAUGGAGCAACUCUGUGAUCAAAGACACCACCGUAAUGAACUAA